AAAAAAGGGACACUUACGUUAUCCAUAACAGAUGAAGAUUCAGCCACAACCAAUGAAGGAGACACAACAUAGCAUAGCACAACACAAACCACUCGAAAUAUUUUGUGAACAAAAAACAGAAACAGAAUCACAUAGCCACUGUCACUCUGAACAACAACUUGUUCAUGUUCAAGAUUUUUUUCUACUGUCUCACAAUCUCUGAUCUCGUACUGUUUCUUUUUUCUCAUGGAAACCAUUCUCUCCCCUCCUUUUUCUCCUCUCUUCAACCCCAAAACUUCCCUUUGUAAGCCUUUUCUUUCACUUCCUCACUUACCCAAAUCAACUUCAGCUAAGCCAAUUUGCUGCAGCCUCAGAAAACACUAUUCCCAGGUUGAAAAAGAUUCUUUUUCAAUACCCAAAAGUUGGGUUUCCCAUGUUCAGCAAGGACUAGCUGCUCUAGCUAUUUCUUUAGCUCUCAAUUUUUGUCCAGUUGUGUCAUCUGGUUCUGCAUUGGCAUCUGAAUUUGAUGUGUUAAAUGAAGGUCCUCCCAAGGACUCGUAUUUAGUUGAUGAUGCUGGUGUGCUUAGCAGGGUGACUAAGUCUGAUUUGAAGGCAUUGUUGUCUGAUGUGGAGAAGAGAAAAGGCUUCCACAUUAAUUUCAUCACUGUCCGGAAACUCACUAGCAAAGCUGAUGCUUUUGAGUAUGCUGACCAAGUUUUGGAGAAGUGGUACCCUAGUAUUGAAGAAGGAAAUAAUAAGGGUAUAGUUGUGCUCGUUACAAGUCAAAAGGAAGGCGCAAUAACUGGUGGCCCUGAGUUUAUAAAGGCUGUUGGAGAUACUGUUCUCGAUGCUACCGUCUCAGAGAACCUUCCAGUCUUGGCGACUGAAGAAAAGUACAAUGAAGCAGUUUUUAGCACUGCCAGACGUCUUGUUGCUGCCAUUGAUGGCCUUCCUGAUCCUGGUGGCCCCCAAGUCAAGGAUAACAAAAGAGAAUCCAACUUCAAAUCCAGAGAGGAAACAGAUGAGAAAAGAGGACAAUUCACCCUUGUGGUUGGUGGGUUAUUAGUGAUUGCUUUCGUUGUUCCUAUGGCUCAAUACUAUGCGUAUGUUUCAAAGAAGUGAACUGUCUGAAUCUGGAAGGUUACAUUUUCCUGAAGACUUGAGUAAGCAUGUAUAUUAUCUUGUACAAAAUGGUCCAUUUGGAAAUGACUUCAUGAGAAACUGAAAACAGAUAAAAUGAAAAUUUUGGACCUCCCUUAACAUAAGGGAUAUCACCAUUUCCUUUUUUUUAGAACUAGAGGAACUUUUCUGUUGCGUCGCUGAUAAUGUAAAGGGGAUGUUAAUUUUCA